AUGAAGGAUGGCGAUUCGGUCAUUUACAUGGUCUCCAACAAAAAGGCUGUUACUGCUGCACCUGCUGCUACACCUGCUGCACCAGUCAUCCCAGCUGCGCCAGUUGCCGCUCCUGAGCCUGAACAAGCCUCCCAGAACACAAACGUAGAAACUGAAGCUUCCGAAGCACCUGCUACUUCGGCCCCUGCAGCUGCCUCAGAACAGCCUGCCAGUGCUGCUUCCGCUAGCUCUGAUUUUGUUGUUGGAGAGGAGAGAGAACAGGCCAUCCAAUACAUGUUGGAGCUUGGCUUCCCUCGUCUGGACAUCGAGGCCGCCAUGCGCGAAGCAUACAACAACCCACAAAGAGCUGUAGAAUAUUUGCUUUCGGGCGUUCCUCUCGGUAACCGCGCUGAAGGUAACCGCAGCUCGCCCGAGCACAAUACAAGCUCCACUGAAGCUCCAGCUGCUGGUGCAGUCACCGGCGCAGCACUGGGUGCUGCUGCUGCUGACUUUGAGGCUGAAGGUGACGACUCCGAGCCCCAUGGUAAUAUGUUCGAUGCUGCCGCAGCAAUUGACCGUGGCACUGCUGGUGGCGCCGAAUCUGGUAGACUUGACAACGAGUUGGCUUUGCUCAAUGAGGCCAUCACAUCUAAUCCUGAAUUGCUUCAACCUCUUCUCCAGAGACUUGCUGCAACCAACCCACAGAUCGCGCAACUCAUUGCACAGGACCCUGAUGGAUUCGUUCAAAGAUUGAUGGACAACGACUUUGAGAUUGAGGAGGAAGGCGCCGAGCUUGAAAGUGGAGAGGGCAUUGAAGGUGCCAUCACCCUUGACCUCACUGAGCAGGACCAAGAUGCCAUCAAUAGAUUGUGUGAGAUGGGCUUUGAGAGAAACUGGGUCAUUCAAAUCUACAUGGCAUGUGACAAGAACGAGGAGGUUGCCGCUGACAUUUUGUUCCGUGACAACUAA